CACAUUUCUAGAGCUCAUUGAGAAAUGUCGACCGCUUCGAUCCACAGUUGCUCCAUAGCCUCUCUCUCUCCAUCUCAGUCUUCUCUCAAGAGAGCUUCUUUCACUCCUUUAGUUGUUGCCAAGCUCAAUUCUUCAGCUCCUUCCCCUCCUGCUCUCAUCCGAAACGAGCCCGUCUUUGCUGCACCUGCACCCAUUAUCACCCCCACUUGGAGAGAAGAAAUGGGAAAGGAUUCGUACGAGGAAGCCAUUGAAGGACUGAAGAAACUCCUCAGUGAGAAAGGUGAGCUUGAAAGUGUUGCUGCUGCAAAGAUUGAGCAGAUAACAGCGGAGUUGCAAACUGCUGCCGGUGCCGAUACCAAACAAUAUAACCCAGUCGAGAGGAUGAAAACUGGUUUCAUUCAUUUUAAGAGAGAAAAAUAUGAAAAGAAACCGGGUUUGUUCACUGAACUCUCCAAAGGCCAGAGCCCCAAGUUUAUGGUGUUUGCGUGCUCGGACUCCCGGGUUUGUCCCUCCCACAUAUUGGAUUUCCAGCCGGGGGAGGCUUUUGUGGUCCGAAACGUUGCUAACAUGGUCCCUGCAUAUGAUCAGCUUAGAUACUCUGGAAUAGGGGCUGCAGUUGAAUAUGCUGUUCUCCAUCUCAAGGUGGAGUACAUUGUGGUAAUUGGGCACAGCUGUUGUGGUGGGAUAAAGGGGCUCAUGUCAAUCCCAGAUGACGGAUCCACCGCGACUGAAUUCAUAGAAGACUGGGUCAAAAUCUGUUUACCUGCCAAGGCUAAGGUGAGAUCUGAGCAUGGUGAUGCACCUUUGGGAGAUCAAUGUGGAUACUGUGAAAAGGAAGCAGUGAAUGUAUCACUUGGAAACCUACUGUCCUAUCCAUUUGUGAGACAGGGCUUGGUGAACAAAACCCUAGGACUGAAAGGCGGUUACUACGACUUUGUUAAAGGAUCUUUCGAGCUCUGGGGGCUUGAAUUCGGCCUUUCUCCAUCUCUCUCCGUAAAAGAUGUCGCUACGAUUCUGCAUUGGAAGCUGUAGGAACAUGCUUAGAGGUUAUCCCUGCAAAGAUGAGGCUCUCUGCAUUAUAUAUAUAUAUAUAUAUCAUCUGAUAACAUGAACUGGAUUGUGUAGAUAUAUAAGUUCUUUUGAGUGGAGUUUCGGGUUAUCCUUGAAGUGCAUUUUCAUUUUUUGGGGCCAA